UAACCCCUAGACGCCGAUCCCGCCCCCCCCCCCCCCCCCCCCCCCGACACACCGCAGACCCAUUACACACCUAGCUGUGGUUGUGGAACACAUCGCAUUCUCUUCCAUCGAAAUGGCGGAAGCCCAAAGCCACGAAAUCCCAACCCUUUCUGAGCAAUAUUUAUUGAAGGAGGAAAAAAUAUCAGACAAAGAAAAAGAGGUUGAGAACCCAGUAGCUACUGCAGCUGAGGAAGUUGUCCCCAAUAAAGCUGAGGAUUCACCUGCUCCUGCAGAAGAAAGUACUGACGCUAACCUGGUUGCCACUGAAACAAGCAGUGAAGUAACCCCUCCUGCUGGAGAGAGCCCUGAAGCCAAUUAUUCUGAUAUUGUUGAAAACAUUAGUAAAGCUGCUCCACCUGCAACCGAAGCAACCAGUGAAAGUUCUGAGGCAACCAAAGCAACCAGUGAAAGUUCUGAGGAGGAGAAUGCUGGUGAUCAAGAUGCUAUUGAAGAAACACCAGAGAUUAAGCUUGAGACAGCACCUGCAGAUUUUCGCUUCCCCACCACGAAUCAAACGAGGCAUUGCUUUACUCGAUAUGUUGAGUAUCAUCGGUGCAUAGCUGCAAAGGGGGAAGGUGCCUCAGAGUGUGAUAAGUUUGCAAAAUAUUAUCGUGCCCUUUGCCCAGGUGAAUGGGUUGAUAGAUGGAACGAACAAAGGGAGAAUGGAAGCUUUCCGGGACCUCUGUAGGUGAUGUGUUCAAGUUGCUACCAAAUUUGAGAUGUGGUUUCUUUGAUGAGAUAUGGAACCUCGGGGAACAUCCUUUUAGAACAAUGAGUUAAUAAGAAAUUUUGGUAUAUUGGAAUUAGUUCCAUUGCAAACACACACAGAAUUUGUUGCUCAUAAACAAAGUUAUUGCUUUCGUAUCACUGAGGUAUUUUGCCAUCAUUUAUUUGUGCUUUAACUGUUCCAUAACAGAUGGAGGUUACUGAAUGGAAAUCGAAAAUAAAAAUGUACUAUUUGUAUCAGUGGUUCUCUGAUAACAUAAUAAAUCGUAUUGUUUCUUGAUGA